GCCAAGAAACCCAAAACGAAAACUCAAAGGAAAAGAGAACAAAAGGCGAUUUCACGAGAAAGAGAGAGAAAUGGGCGAUUGUACUAGAAACUGUAAACGAAUUUCAGGAGCUUCAGAUGUGGAGGUUUCGAGUACCAGUGUAUCUUUGUCUAAGAGAAGCAAGAUAUUAAAGGAAUCGGAAUUACCUUCGCCCGAAAUGGAGCUGGAAGGUCCUCGUCUGUUCUCGCAUUUGCUGGAGAAGGCAGCUUCUCCGGCGAAAUCGUCGAAUUCCGGUGUUGUCCUUGUCGGCGAGCUUAGCUCCAGCAUUUGCUCCGAUGAGUCCCUGGUUUCUCACUGCUCUAGCAAUGAGUCUUGUGAAAUCGUCAAGGACAGCUUGAGAUUCGUAGAUCUGGAGGCCAAGAGUUUCGAAACCGAAAAUUCGACCUGCAUCAACAGUAGCAACAAAUUCAGUAGAGAGGCCACACCGUCCAGCGAGCUUCGAGAAGACUCCGAGGAAAUGGACUCGACAGUGAAGAAGUCAUCGCCGGUGGCAGCCACAAACCAACCGAGAAAAUUGCAUGCAGAAGCGAAGAUGCCUUCAGAGGCGGAGAUCGAUGAGUUCUUCUCAGUCGCCGAGAAGUACGAACAGAAACGAUUCGCAAUGAAGUAUAAUUAUGACAUUGCCAAGGACGUGCCACUUGAAGGCUGCUACCAGUGGGUUCGUUUGAAGCCAUAAACACAAAAGAAGGAAAAUACUCAGAGGUCUCUGGUUUUUGUACAGUUUUUUCCUCCCUUUUUUUUUUCAUUUAAUGUAAGCAGAUCUCUCUGUUUUGUGCUGCAAAUCUUAGUCCAAUUUGGAAAUAAAACUCCCACUUAUUU